AUGGCGGCGCUGCCAUCGUCUCUUCGGGUUUGCCGGGGAAUACUGAAGGAAUUACGUACGAUUCAGGGGUCAGGUUAUAAGCAGUCGUUGGCGUACAGCUAUGUCAUGGACCAGUUUCGUAAAAACCAGGUAACAGAGGAGAGGUACUGUCGUGCCCAACAGGUAGCGCUCCAUGCUUCACACACCUACCUUUGCCUGUUGGCCUCCACCAGGAACCACAUGGUCCUGCACAACCUGUACCAUGGCAAGGGAGAACGUUGCCCAGAUGAGGUAGCUGGCUUAGUGGGGCUUAAAUUACCCACUCAACCAGGAGGAAAAGGAUGGGAGAAGUGAGGAAAAGAAAAGGGGGCAAAGGAAGAGGGGAAGAAUGGGACACAUACCUGGGUCAAUUUACUUUUCCUCGGUUGUCUUUUCUGAUUGUCUGUGGGUUUGACCUGAACUUUAAAACCUAAAUCCUUGUAAUCCAACAGGAGUUUUUUUAGUAAACAAGUCAUCCAGGUCUGUCUGGAGAACUGGAACAAUGGAACUUUCCUACCAUGGACAACAAUGAGAGAAAUGGACCCUGUUUUCAAUGGGCUAUUGUUUUGCCAUCAUCCAUUAAAGAGAUGGCUGUGAACAGUAUGCUCUGACUGUAACUAUCGUAAGGCCUGUUGUAAACUGCGAAAAUUAGACUUGUAGUUAAAGCUGUAAAUCUACUGUGCCACACACCUGGUUUUCAUUUGUUGACACCAAUGACAGAAUUGUAUGAAUAGGAAUGUAAAUGCGUAUUAAUUGAGACUUAUUUGUCCCAUUAAAAUAUUAUUCUCUGUCAAAAUGUUUUAAUUUUUCUUGUGGAUCAGGACUGAUUUCAUAAAACCCAUCACAUGACAUUCUGGUUCUGCACCAAUAAAAUUAACAAUCA